AUGAGGGACACGGAGAGGAGCCCGGUGUCACAGUUGUCCGACGACCUCCUGGUCGAGGUCAUCUCGCGCGUGCCCUACAAAUCCACCCGCUGCUGCAAGUGUGUCUCCCGGCGGUGGCGCGACCUCGUCUCCCACCCCGACCACCGCAAGAAGCUGCCCCGGUCGACCCUCGCCGGCAUCUUCUACCAAACCUUCCGAGGGGAACGCUUCCCAGCUACGCUUUGUGGUUACCAAAGCGUGUCAGGGAACUGGUGCACUGGCAUGGACUGCUCCCUCUCGUUCCUGCCCAAGUGCAAGAGAGUUAACAUGUACCUGCUGGACAGCUGCAAUGGCCUCCUGCUCUGCCUUUGCUGGAACCAACCUUCUGAUGUCAAUGGAUUUGGUUACGUGGUGUGCAAUCCCGCUACUGAGAAAUGGGUGGCCCUACCUGCCACCACCUGGUCCAGCAAGGUGCGGACUGCCCGCCUAGGGUUCGACCCCUCUGUCUCCUCCCACUUCCAUGUGUUCGAGUUUGUUUCUACUACUGGUGUUGUGGAUGUGAAUAUGCAGGGUCUUGAUACAGGCAAGAAAACAGUGGGGGUCUACUCCUCCAAAACUGGAGUUUGGACACAUGGAGUUGUUUGGGACAAUCCACUUUCGAUAUCCCGUUUUCCCAGUAGCAUAUUUUUCAACAGGAUGCUGCAUUUUUCUUCAGAUAAUAAUUUGGUUGUAGCAAUUGAUGUGGAGGGAAAUCACAGGGUCAUUCGUGGCCCCAUGCCAUAUUCUGCUCGUGGUGUUCCUAAUGUUUAUCUAUCACGGGGACAAUUGUAUUUGGCAAAUGAGAGUGAUUCUGAACUCUCAAUCUGGGCUCUUGAAGAUUUUAGUAGUGAAAACUGGACCCUGAAGCACAGUGUUAGCCACUUACAACUGCUGGGAACAGAGUAUGCAAUGUUCGCGGGGAACUACAGAGUAAUCUCAAUCCACCCAGAACACAAUGUGGUAUUUAUUGUAUGCGAGCAGUUGUACAUGCUGAGUGGCCCAUCAUUGACGAAACUAAUGGCAUAUGAAAUGGAUUCCAGGGAGCUGCGUUUUAUACGUGAUCUUGAAUGGGGUUGCAGGACUCCUUAUCUUCCCUAUGUUCCCUUGCUCUCGGAGCCAUUGGCAGAUGGGCAAUAG